AACACUCCACAUUUCUAUCUUUCUAAGAAUCCCCACCACCAACUCCUACUCCUUCUUCCUCUGCCGGGCCGGCCAUGUCGGUCCCGAACUCCGGCUUGGUCGCUGGUUCUCAUCGACGUAACGAGCUGCAUGUCUUGCCUGCUCAUGAAGAGCCUAAGUCGCAGCCCCGCCAUCCGGCGAAGAUCUGUGGUGUUUGCGGUGACGAGAUCGGGCUCAAAGAAAAUAGUGAUCUGUUCGUAGCUUGUUACGAGUGUGGAUUCCCAGUCUGCCAGCCUUGUUAUGAAUAUGAAAGAAGUGAAGGGCACCAGUGCUGCCCUCAAUGCAACACCCGUUACAAGCGUCACAAAGGUUGUCCGAGGGUCGCUGGAGAUGAAGAAGAAUCGGGCGAUGUGGAUGAUUUCGAAGACGAAUUCAAGACUAAGAUCCAUCAAGAAACCAAUGAAUAUAAUAAUGUUGUCACUAAUCACUCGGAGAAUGGCGAUGAAAUCCACAACCGGCACCCCAACGGCCCGGCUUUCUCAUCAUUUGCUGGAAGUGUUGCUGGUAAGGAUUUGGAUGGUGAUAAGGAUGGUUAUGGGAACGUGGAGUGGAAGGAGAGAGUGGAGAAAUGGAAAGCCCGGCAAGAGAAGAAAGGGUUGGUGAGUAAGGAAGAUGGAGGAAACGAACAUGAAGAGGAAGAUGACAUCUUGAUGGCCGAAGCUCGGCAACCCCUGUGGAGAAAGGUCCCAAUCCCUUCCAGCAAGAUAAAUCCAUACCGCAUCGUCAUCGUCCUCCGCCUUGUCAUCCUCGGCUUCUUCUUACAUUUCCGGGUCAUGACUCCUGCAAUGGACGCCUACCCUCUCUGGCUCAUUUCCGUCAUUUGCGAGAUCUGGUUCGCCUUCUCCUGGAUCCUCGAUCAGUUCCCCAAAUGGUUCCCUAUCACCCGCCAGACGUAUCUGGACCGUCUAUCGAUGCGGUUCGAGCGCGAAGGCGAGCCCAGCCGUCUGUUGCCAGUCGACUUCUUUGUGAGUACGGUUGACCCUCUUAAGGAACCACCGAUCAUUACCGCAAACACGGUCCUCUCGAUCCUGGCCGUUGAUUACCCAGUUGAGAAGGUGAGCUGCUACGUGUCAGACGACGGAGCGUCGAUGCUAUUGUUUGACACAUUGUCGGAGACAGCUGAGUUCGCAAGGAGGUGGGUACCGUUCUGCAAGAAGUAUAGCAUUGAACCGAGGGCGCCGGAGUUCUAUUUUUCACAGAAGAUUGAUUAUCUGAAGGAUAAGGUGCAGCCUAGCUUUGUGAAGGAGAGGAGAGCCAUGAAAAGAGAAUACGAGGAGUUCAAGGUGAGGAUUAAUGCACUGGUGGCAAAGGCUCAGAAGAAACCAGAGGAAGGUUGGGUGAUGCAGGAUGGAACUCCAUGGCCUGGAAACAACACUCGUGAUCAUCCCGGCAUGAUUCAGGUUUACUUGGGAAGUGCCGGCGCGCUCGAUGUGGAAGGGAAAGAGCUGCCUCGGCUUGUUUACGUCUCGCGUGAGAAGCGACCGGGUUACCAGCACCAUAAGAAAGCUGGUGCUAUGAAUGCUCUGAUCCGAGUUUCGGCAGUUCUCACAAAUGCACCUUUCAUGUUGAAUCUUGAUUGUGAUCACUACGUCAACAACAGCAAGGCCGUUAGGGAAGCUAUGUGUUUUCUGAUGGAUCCUCAGUUGGGGAAGAAGCUUUGCUAUGUACAAUUCCCUCAGAGGUUCGACGGCAUUGAUCUUCACGAUCGGUAUGCUAAUCGCAACAUCGUCUUCUUCGAUAUCAACAUGAAAGGCUUAGAUGGGAUACAAGGCCCAGUUUAUGUUGGGACGGGGUGCGUUUUCAACCGUCAAGCUCUAUAUGGCUAUGACCCGCCGGCGAGUCAGAAGCGGGCCAAGAUGACAUGUGAUUGCUGGCCAUCCUGGUGCUGCUGCUGCUUCCGUGGCCGUUCAAGGAAGCACAAGUCAAAGAAGGAAGAAAGAGGUUUCGGUGCCGGAUUCUAUAACAAGAAGAAGAAGAUGACAAACUAUUCCAAGAAAGGAUCAUCGCCCGUAUUUGACCUUGAAGAGAUUGAAGAAGGCCUUGAAGGGUAUGAGGAGCUGGAGAAGUCAUCACUCAUGUCACAGAAGAACUUCGAGAAGCGGUUCGGCCAGUCGCCCGUCUUCAUUACAUCGACACUCAUGGAGGAAGGUGGCCUUCCUCAAGGGACAAACCCGGCAUCGCUGAUCAAGGAAGCCAUUCAUGUCAUCAGCUGCGGCUAUGAAGAGAAGACUGAGUGGGGAAAAGAGAUUGGAUGGAUUUACGGUUCAGUGACGGAGGACAUAUUAACUGGAUUCAAGAUGCACUGUAGAGGGUGGAAAUCAGUAUACUGCAUGCCUGAUCUUCCGGCCUUCAAGGGUUCAGCUCCAAUCAAUCUUUCAGAUCGGUUGCACCAGGUUCUACGGUGGGCUCUUGGGUCAGUUGAGAUCUUCCUCAGCCGGCAUUGCCCUCUCUGGUAUGGCUAUGGCGGGAACCUCAAAUGGCUCGAGAGAUUGGCUUACACCAAUACCAUCGUCUACCCAUUCACUUCCAUCCCUUUGCUUGCCUACUGCACGAUCCCGGCCGUUUGUCUCCUCACUGGAAAAUUUAUUAUUCCAACACUGACCAACCUAGCUAGCAUAUGGUUCAUGGCCCUCUUCCUCUCCAUCAUAGCCACCGGCAUUCUUGAGCUUCGGUGGAGUGGUGUCAGCAUCCAGGAUUGGUGGCGCAAUGAGCAGUUUUGGGUGAUUGGAGGCGUCUCAGCUCACCUGUUUGCUGUCUUCCAGGGCCUCCUCAAGGUCCUCGCAGGAGUUGACACCAACUUCACCGUCACAUCCAAGACAGCCGACGACACUGAGUUUGGUGAUCUCUACCUAUUCAAGUGGACUACACUCCUCAUCCCACCAACCACAUUGAUCAUAUUGAACAUGGUCGGCGUCGUGGCCGGAGUAUCUGACGCCAUCAACAAUGGCUAUGGAUCAUGGGGCCCACUGUUUGGGAAGCUGUUUUUUGCCUUUUGGGUGAUUGUGCACCUGUAUCCAUUCCUCAAGGGGUUGAUGGGGAGGCAAAACAGGACACCCACCAUUGUUGUGCUGUGGUCUAUACUACUUGCUUCAAUCUUCUCUUUGGUUUGGGUCCGGAUUGACCCAUUCUUGCCAAAGGCAAAAGGACCGCUUCUUAAACAAUGUGGGGUGGAAUGUUAGAAAUCCUACUAUUCCUGUCUAUGAGUGGUUGUAGUGUGUGUAUGCAGUGGCAAUGAAAGUGGUGUAAGAUCCGUGUGUUUUUUAGCUGAAAUUUUGUUAUUAAAUGGUGUGAAAAUGAGAACUUGUUGCCCA